UUGAUUGAAAAUAACUUCUAUUCAAGUUUGGCAUUGCUUCAAGUCAGUGAAAUAAACACCCAGUUAUUUGAUCCUCAAACAAUAUUGUUCAAGAAAUUAAUUUCUUUUGUUUUAAAUGAUGAUUCUCGUUUCCUACAAUAUUCAACCAAAAUAGCAGGAAUUUUAGGAGUUUACUUGUUCAGUUUUGUCAACCACAGUAACUUGCUUGACUACCAAAUAACUUAUUUGAAUCGCUUGGUCAUUAAUACAUUAAAGAUUUGUUCCAAGCAUCCAUUAAUAUUCGAUUACUGGCUAGCCCUUGAUAAUCCCAAUGGAACAGUUACGUCAUUCCCUAGCACUAAUCAUUUACCACUAUUCAGAAUAAUUUGUAAUUUUCUUAAAUACAACAAGGAAUACGAUCAAUGUGGAAACCUUAUCAAAUUAAUGAAACUAACUAAUGAUUCUUCAAGUUUAAGUAACUGGUUUUAUACUCACGAGACUUUGCAAGAAUUGUUUGAAUUAGAGUUCACUUCCUUGUAUGAUGAAGAAUUACUGCAAGAGCAAAGAGUUAAUCCUGGCAUAAAAGAAACUUUUAUCAAGUAUCUUGAAAUGUUCAAUGAGAUUGUUGAAGUCAGCUCUUCUCAAUUAAGUGAGAUUUAUUGUCAGUACUUUGAAGAAAACUUUCUCAAUAUCAUGUUAGAGGGGGUUUUGAAUUCUACUAUGGUAUCGUUUAUGUUUAUUAUACUCAAAACGUUAUCAAAUAACGGCACCAGCUCAAUAUUGCUAGAGAGAAUAAUCUCAAAUAAACAUCUUACCAGCUUCUUGGAAAGAAUAGUUGAGAUAAAUUACGAUCUAACUAGUUUGUUAGCAAUUAUGAAUUGUUUAUUUCGAUCACAUGAAUCAACCCUUAAAAAACUUAUUAGUGGAGACUUUGCUCAAGAACACCAAAUUUCAAGCUUCCCAUCAGAGACAGUCUACAAUAUUGAAAAAAAAAUCAUGGCAAUAUUUACAGAUCCGAUGAUAGAGAUUCACAAAAUGAUGGUAAACUUUUCCAAAUUCCAUGGACAGUCCAUGAGAAUGUAUUGGUUUAAUUCCGACAUGGUAUUACCACAAUUGUACCUUUCAAUGUAUCUUGACUAUUUCAAAAAUCCACCCAAAUUAAAUAUAGUACUAAACGAGUUAUCUUCAAUAAUCUUUCUCAAAGUGAACGUGCUUGGAAACCAAAAAUUCCUACUUAUAAUAGAGUAUCUAUAUGAAUCAUAUACUAGAUAUCUUGAGUUGUUGAAGCAUCAUGAGAAACAUAGAUUCGAUUCUUUCGAGAUUGCCAAGUUAAGAUUAAACCAAUAUUUCACACCUAGCCUCCACUUGUUACAACAAUUGCAGUUUGAGAGUUAUCAAAUCAGUGAAGAGCUAAUCAAUUUCCAGCAUUUAAAAGAAAACUUACAAUUAUUCAAAUCAUAUUUAGCUGACUUGUAUAUUAACGUCAAGUUUAAGAAUAUCGAUCAUGCAAUGUCAUAA